AUGGAUGAAAAAAGUAAUAAUCAACAGCAUCACCAAAAAUGUAUAAGCAAUAAUAAUAGUCGUAUUGGAGGUGGAAGAAUGAGACGUAGUAGUUCUUUGGAUCAUAAUAUGAUUCGUCAAAUAACUUCAACUUAUGGAUCAUCAUCACUUUCUUCUCCGUCACCAACAUCACAAGCAUCAGCAUCGCAAAUAUCAAUUAAUCAUUCUACCACCAUUACAAAAUCGUUAUCAACAUCUUCCACAUCCUCAUCUACACCUUUAUCAUUAUCUACUCAUUCACCACUUUCUUCUACCACUAACACUGCACCCGUUAUUCAACAAAUAGACCAAAGAGUUAUUAUAGCAAAUUAA